AGCUGGGAAGCUAUUUACCUAAUUGAAAAUGAAUUUAAAGAAAGCAUCCUUUUUCAAGAUUAUUAUGAGGGAUUCUGAUGACUUCAUUUCAUUGUCGCCUGUUUUUACAAAGAAGUACAUGGAAGAAAGCAACGAGACACAAACCAUUGUCCUCAAAACAAACUCAUCUACUGCGGAAUGGAAAGUUAAAUACUUGAAGAUCGAUGGCAAAUAUUACUUCAUGGAUGGAUGGCUUAAGUUCAUGAAAGAUAAUGGUGUUCAAAUGGGCGACUUUCUUGUCUUUUGGCUCGUGUCCCGUUCACCAACGGUCUUUGAAGUCUUUCCUUAUGCACCCAAUACAUGUCUCAAAAAUCAAUCUAGUUGUUCGGGUAAUAUCAAUCCAGGAACACCAAAAGUUGGCCACGGUUUAGGUGGUCCAAGUGCAAGCGCAGACGCAGACUCAGACGCAUGUGAUGACGAUGAUGAUGAUGAUAAGGAAACCUCCAUGGAAGAAGUUCCUGCUUAUGAUGUUUCGGUGAAUAAAAAUAUCAACAAGUCAAUGUCAAAGAUUGUCAUGAAAACAUAUACUAAUUGCAUUCCGUUGACAAAGGAAUUCGAGAACGCAACAGGAAUCGGCUGUUACGACACCUUGUUACUGAAGAACAAAGAGGGAAGCAAGUGGAAAGUUGAUAUAAGAAGGUACAUUAAUAACAAUCAAAAAACGUUGCGCAUUUCGAAAGGAUGGGCAAAGUUCGUGAAAGACAAUAAGGUAGAAGUUGGAGAUAAAUGUGAGUUUAAGCAUUUGAAAGGCAAGCUGGUUCGUGUUCAUGUGUUUAAGAAGAAUGAAAGGUCUUUCGGCAAUAAGUCAAACAACGGUGAUUGAUUAUUUAAUUGUUUAAAUUACAUAUGUUUGACUGUUCUUCCAUCUUCUUUCAUUAAUUAGGAAUUUUCUUUUAGGAUUUUGGUUGGUUUUG